AUGUAAGAUUUAAAACACAGUGAAGGAGAUGAAAUAGUUUUUCACAUUACCAAAAAUGCCCAGCAAUAUGAACCCAACAUUACUUUAGCCACCUCGCCUAAUGACAAACCUGUUUAGAAUCCAAUAACAUUUGAAGAUAUCAAACUAGUAUCUUCAUUAUAGGCAUCAGCUGAUGGCCAUUACUAGUCUGUAAGAAUGAUUUGCUCAGGAUGUAAGAGAAAAGUUAAUUCAGUCAUAAAAAGGCGAGCUGGAUUAUAAACAUUUAUUGCUGGAGUACUUUUAAUCUUUUGUUCUUUUGGAUUUAUAUGUGUUACUUGUAUUCCAUGUAUGGUAGAUGAUUGUAAGGAUGUUUAACAUUCCUGCCCAAAUUGUAAAUAAAUUUUGGGGAAGGCCCAAUUUAACAUACUAGAUUGA